AUGGGAUGGAUCUUUAGGAUCUCCCACUUCUUUGAGUAUCAUCAUACUCCGGAUGAGGAGCGCGUUACAAUCGCCUCGUUCUAUAUGGACGGACCAGCACUCAGCUGGUAUCAAUGGAUGUAUCGAAAUGACUUCAUCACGUCAUGGGCUGCCCUUCUGCAAGCACUCGAGACUUGCUUCGUGCCAACGUAUUACGAUGAUCCCAAAGGUACCUUGUUUAAGCUCACUCAUACCGGCACCGUUAAUGAAUAUUUACAUGAGUUUGAACGCUUGGCUAAUCGGAUUAUCGGGUUUCCCUCGUCUUGUUUACUUAGUUGUUUCAUCUCCGGCCUGGCGCCGAAAUUACACUGGGAGGUUCAGGCAUUCCAGCCAAUUUCUCUUCCUCAGGCCAUUUCCCUCGCCAAGUUGCAGGAAGACAAACUUGAUGACAGGCGACAUUCUUUCCGCCCUCGUCACCCACCUCCACAAUCCACCACCAUCUCCCCUCUACCAUCCAACCCAACCUUUACCUUCCCCAACCCCCCACCACCUCUGUUGCCCUCACCUUUGCCGAAACCCACCCCUUCCAUCCGCAACCACUUAUGCCGCCUCACCCCGGAGGAGAUGACUCGCAAAAGUGAGCUCGUUCUGUGCAACAAUUGCGAUGAGAAAUGGGCCCCCUCACAUAAAUGCAAGGCACGUUUCUUCCUACUCAUCUCAGAGGAAGACGACCCCGACCCAAACACCCAACCUGCCAACCCCGCUCUCACCCAACCUUCCCCACCUGACCCCACCCUUGCUCAAAUUAGUUUCAAUGCCCUCUCCGGUACCUCCACCCCGGAUGCUCUCCGUCUCUUUGGCUCCAUCCACAACUCACGCGUUACCGUGCUCAUUAACGGAGGAAGUACGCAUAAUUUCAUUCAGUUGCGGGUGGCUAAAUACCUUCAACUCCCCACCAUCCUGACCAACCCAUUGCAAGUCACCAUCGGCAACGGCACCUCUCUCCCAUGCGACCAACUCUGUUCUCACACCCUUAUAUCUCUCCAGGGUCAUGAGUUCCACGUUGAUCUCCAUGUCCUGCCUAUUAGUGAUGCAGACAUUGUCCUAGGGAUCCAAUGGCUCAAACACCUAGGACCCACCAUCACGGACUACGCUGCCCUCACCAUGCAAUUCCAAUACCAGGGUCACCCCGUUCUCCUUCGUGCUGAUGCCCCGACGAUACCAUCUGACGUGUCCUCGCUCCAACUCCGCCACAUGAUGCCAACACAUUAUGCAUCUGCCUUUUUCCACAUCUCCAUCACCACUAUUUCUUCUCCACACCCUUCACCAACCUCACCUCAAUACCCCGCCCUCACACAUCUUCUCCAACAAUAUAUCCACUUGUUCCAACAACCCACAUCGCUUCCCCCACCUCGGCCAAUCACCCACCAUAUCCAUCUUCUGCCAAACACCUCACCCGUUAACGUACGCCCUUACCGCUACCCCCAUUUUCAAAAGGCAGAAAUCGAGAAGCAGGUGCAUGAGAUGCUCUCUUUGGGUCUUAUACAGCUGAGCAACAACCUUUUCUCCUCCCCAGUCCUCUUGGUCAAGAAGAAGGAUGGGAGUUGGCAUUUUUGUGUCGAUUAUCGCGCGCUCAACGCCAUGACGGUGAAAGACAGGUUUCCAAUGCCCACCAUUGAUGAGUUACUUGACGAACUUGGUUUCGCUUCUUGGUUUUCUAAGCUGGACCUCCGACAGGGCUUCCAUCAAAUCUCCAUGGCUGCAGCUAACGUCGCCAAAACCGCCUUUCGCACCCACCAAGGUCACUAUGAAUACAAGGUGAUGUUGUUUGGCUUAUGUAACGCUCCAUCCAUCUUUCAGGCGACCAUGAAUGAGCUCUUGAAACCUUUCCUUCGUCGCUUUGUAACCAUCUUCUUUGACGACAUUCUGGUGUACAACGCUUCCUUGGAAGACUAUGUCUCCCACCUCUGCCAGGUAUUCGACUGUUUAUCUCAUGCUCAGUUCUUCCUCAAGGAAUCUAAGUGCGUCUUCGCCCAACAACAACUGGCCUUUCUCGGUCAUAUCAUCUCGGCCUGCGGUGUCACCCCUGAUCCUUCAAAGAUUGAUGUUAUGGUUCAAUGGCCCGUCCCCACGAACACCCACUCCUUGCGUGGAUUCCUCGGUUUGACUGGUUUCUACUACAAGUUCAUCAAAGGUUAA